AUGGACCGCGUUCGAUCGGCGCUGGACGAGCUCGUUCUGCAGGCCAAGAAGAGCUUCCGGAGUCUCGCCGAGGAUGACCGGUCGCCGGUCGAGAAGCUGCUCGACAUGCACCUCGACGAUGCGGCGCUCGUCGGCCCACCGACGGCCGCGCUCCACGACUUUGCCUCGCGUACCUUCAACGUCGUGGACUGCAAGCGCAUCUUGCAGCGUCUGUGGCACAUGAUCGAGACUGCGCCCGACCGCCCGCAC